GUGCCCGCCGGCGGCGGCCGCGGCGCGCGCGUGAGGGCCCCGCCGGAGCCGCCGCGUCCGCCAAGAUGGCGUGCGUGCUGGAGGCGCCGCUCCGCAUGAGCGUCCUCUCGGAGGUCACGGCCAGUAGCCGCCAUUACGUUGAUAGAUUAUUUGACCUGGAUCCUCAGAAGGUCCUGCAAGGUGUCAUAGAUAUGAAAAAUGCUGUAAUUGGAAACAACAAACAAAAAGCCAACUUGAUUGUUUUGGGAGCAGUUCCAAGGUUGCUGUAUUUACUUCAACAAGAAACCUCCAGCACAGAACUGAGAACAGAAUGCGCAGUGGUCCUGGGAAGCCUUGCAAUGGGUACAGAGAAUAAUGUCAAAUCCCUCCUAGACUGCCAUAUUAUCCCAGCCUUACUGCAAGGAUUACUGUCACCAGAUUUGAAGUUCAUCGAAGCUUGCCUGCGGUGUCUCCGUACCAUUUUCAUCAGUCCUGUCACUCCAGAGGAUCUCCUAUACACAGAUGCUACAGUUAUCUCCCACCUCAUGGCCCUGCUCAGUAGGUCUCGAUACACGCAAGAAUACAUAUGUCAGAUCUUCUCACAUUGCUGCAAACUUCAACACUGGCAUAGCUGCAGCUUUAAGUCAUUGCCUCAGCCACUUCUGUGUGCCAAUGGUCCAGAUCACCAGACACUCUUAUUUAACUAUGGAGCUGUUCAGAAUAUUGCACAUCUGUUAGUUUCCACCUCCUACAAAGUUCGAAUGCAGGCAUUGAAAUGCUUCUCAGUUCUAGCCUUUGAAAACCCACAGGUAUCAAUGACUCUUGUAAAUGUGUCAGUGGAUGGAGAAUUGUUACCACAAAUUUUUGUGAAGAUGUUACAAAGGGACAAGCCCAUUGAAAUGCAGCUCACAGCAGCCAAAUGCCUUACUUCCAUGUGCAGAGCGGGAGCGAUACGGACAGACGAUUCUUGCAUCGUUCUUAAGACUCUGCCGUGCUUGGUUCGAAUGUGUAGUAAGGAAAGACUGCUGGAGGAGCGAGUGGAAGGAGCAGAAACACUGGCCUAUCUGAUUGAAACAGACGUGGAGCUCCAGAGAAUCGCCAGCAUUACCGACCACCUCAUCAUCAUGCUUGCUGACUACUUCAAGUACCCCAGCUCAGUGAGUGCAAUCACUGAUAUCAAGAGGCUUGACCACGAUUUGAAGCACGCCCACGAGCUGCGCCAGGCGGCCUUCAAGCUCUAUGCCUCCCUGGGAGCAAAUGAUGAAGACAUCAGAAAAAAGAUCAUUGAGACUGAAAACAUGAUGGAUCGUAUCGUGAAUGGCUUGUCUGAGUCUAGUAUCAAGGUGCGAUUAGCUGCAGUCAGAUGUUUGCACAGUUUGUCCCGUUCUGUACAGCAGCUCAGGACAAGUUUUCAGGAUCAUGCUGUAUGGAAACCUUUAAUGAAGGUUUUACAGAAUGCUCCCAAUGAAAUUCUCGUAGUAGCAUCUUCCACACUAUGCAAUCUUCUUCUGGAAUUCUCUCCAAGCAAGGAGCCUAUUUUAGAAUCAGGAGCCAUAGAACUUCUAUGUAGUUUAACACAGAGUGAAAAUCUUGCCUUGAGAGUGAACGGCAUUUGGGCUUUAAUGAAUAUGGCAUUUCAAGCAGAACAGAAGAUCAAGUCAGACAUCUUACGAGGUCUGAGCACAGAGCAGUUAUUCCAGUUGCUUUCUGACUCUGAUGUCAAUGUUCUGAUGAAAACCUUGGGACUGCUCAGGAACCUUCUAUCCACUCGCCCACACAUAGACCAUAUAAUGAGCACUCAUGGGAAGCAAAUCAUGCAAGCAGUGACCCUCAUUCUGGAAGGGGAGCACAAUAUAGAAGUCAAAGAGCAGACACUGUGUAUACUUGCCAAUAUAGCAGAUGGAACGACAGCAAAGGAGCUGAUUAUGACCAACGAUGACAUCCUGCAGAAAAUCAAAUACUACAUGAGUCACUCAAAUGCUAAACUUCAGCUUGCUGCCAUGUUCUGUAUAUCAAAUCUCAUAUGGAAUGAAGAAGAAGGUUCCCAGGAACGCCAGGAUAAACUACGAGACAUGGGAAUAGUGGAUAUCCUACAUAAAUUGAGUCAGUCAUCGGAUCCAAAUCUGUGUGACAAGGCGAAGACAGCACUCCAGCAGUAUCUUGCAUGAUCAAAGACUGAAUGAAUCUAUGGACACCCCUCAUGUCUACUUAAGGAACAGCAGGAGAUACUCCUGACUCCUUAUAUUUGCACAAGUCACCUUGGGCUGCAUUUUUCUCAGGUGCAGGGAGCUGCUUUGCAGAAACAGUUUAAAUGAUCAGGUCUCCAGUGCACUUGAGAAUUUGAGGUAGUUUCUUUACUCAGAGGACUCUUUGGGGGUUGUUUUGGUUUUUUUGGGUUGGUUUUGGUUUUUUUUUCCUGAGCUACCUGGACUUUUGGAUAGAACAAUCAGUCAUCAUUUUCCUUUUGGGCCUACAAUGUUCUGCUUUUGCUGCAGCCUGUGUGUGUGGAUGUGUGUGUGUGCUUGGGUGAAUGUGUGUGAGUGUGAUACCUCAAUUUUGUUUCUCCUUUUUUUGUGUGUGUGUGUGAAAAUCUUUUUCUACAGGUUUUCAAGGAUUAACCAUUGUUUGCUGUACGAAUACUUCAAUUAAUUAUAUACAGUUUGAAUGAAAUGUUAUUUAAAAAAAAAAACACAACGAACUGUUGUAUCCCAUAAAGUUUAUUUUGAAUUUUGAACAGAUGAAUGUUUUUAAGUAAAAUAUAUGCAUUUCUGAACUUCAGCUUAACUUACAUUAUACUUCAUUUUUAAAGAGAAAAAUAGAGGGAGAAAGCAGACCCCAAAUUAUAAGCAGCAUAUUCUGUACUGACAAGGUCCAAGAGAGAUUUUUACCACUGUACAAGGUCACCUAGUACUGAUGACAUGCUCAAACCCAUGAACUGGGUCAGUUGGAUUCUUCUGGGUUUCUUCCCAUUUUUAGAAGAAAAGCUUCAGAGUUAGGGUAGCUGUUAACUUUUCUGGAAAGGAGCAGGUGGCUCAACAUCAGCAGGCAUAAGCUGUUACUUUAGUAGCCAAGAACUUGCCCAGAUAAUUGCUGAAGGUUUGGCUUUUCACUGGUGAGAAGGAUUUGCUGAUCACCAAUAUCAACAGAGCAAACCUUGUGUUGCAGAAGUUACACUGGCAAGCAGGGAUGAAGGGAUGGCUUUUGUUCUGCAUCCUUUACCUCCAGAUGUGGUUAAGUGACUUACAAAUAUUUUCCAUGAAAGAUCAGCUGGGUGCAUCAAGUUGGGGAAGGGAUGGAAAAAUUGGGCGUUUGGGUUGUUUGCUUUUUCAAGUUGAGUAAUGUUGCUAGAGGUUUUGUGUAUAUAUGCAGAUAUACACACUUGCAUGGAUUUGGAUACCCGGAUAAUAAGAAAUGGGAUUUUACUGCGUGCAGAAGCUUAGAUUGUCCAUAAGUUCCUGAAAUUGUGCCUGUAAGUGUGGAGAGAAAAAUACGAGUAGAGAUGAAGAUGACUCUGAAAAGUUGGAAUGUGAGACCCCAGUGGCUUCACAGGAGGGCAGGAAGGAGCUCUCUCCUUCAGAGGUUCAGGGUACUUCGCUUUCUUCCCAUGUCUCCUUUCUGGUUUCAGCUCAGCCCACAGUUGAAUAGACUCUCCAAACACUCAAUCUGCACAGGACUAACAGGCACACUAAAGGUUGCAGCCAAUGUCUUAAACCAAAUCUGUCUUUUGUUACACUGGACUUCAGGAAGGCUGCAGCAAGAAGAGAGGUCUGUAACUUUGCUAACCAAUUUUAAUAAGUAUCUUAAUCUUGUCUUUCUAAUCAGAAGGUCAAAUUGUGAGAGCCUUACUUUUCUCCAAGGUAACUAAUUCCAUCAGAAAAUGUGAGCACAGUUUGGCCUGGAAUUUGAAUGUGUUAUGUAUCAGAUAACUGUUAUCACUUGGUUGCAGAGGAGAAUAUACACAUUUCAUGUAACUUCUUCCACUCUUAAAAGACAAAUAAAAGUGAGCACCUGACACUUUUUCCCCAGGCAUUGCAGUAAGUGACUGGCAGUUCUUGAUGUCCUUCUGCAAGUUUUUCAUGAUGGACUUCAGGGGCUGAACAAAAGGGAAAGUAAAAACAUGUGAGAACUUGAUACAUCUCAGUGCCUCAGAAGUGAAGUCUUAUUUAUAAAAUUAAAUCAAAUGUAUUUUUGCUUGACCUAAAGGAAAAGCUCUGAGGCAGGUAUUAUCAAUGCAGAACUGUACAGUGUGCACUUCUACGUUUGCACUCCUGCUAUGGACAUUUAGGAGCUCAAGUUCUUACAUAUCUCUUCUCAUCCUCCCCCAGUUCACGUUUCUAAAGCAAAUCUAUUGAACCUAUAAACCGUUGGUGCCUGAAGGUGUUCAGAAAAAAAGGUCAGUAAGUAUCUGUGUACACGUUCUGAGGUGGCUUCCUGAAAUUCUGCCAGAAAAACAACCCCAGUGCUCAGACAAUCUUGUUGCUGCAUGAGGACAGCUGACAUUUCCCACAGCUCUUGAUAGGACAACCUGAUGGAUGAGAACAUUUUUACGUUCAGUUAAGCUUUGUGAAUAUUUUUUGAUGUUGCUAUAGGUAUGUACAAAAAAAGAAGAAUACUGUUAAUAAAAAGAACUUUACCAGAA